CACCUCAGUUGUUGACGUUUCGAUUUUUGUUGUAUGAAAGCCGAAAGGAAAUAUUCUGAUUUGGCUCAACUGAAAACCAUUGAAUUGAUUUUUGAACGUGAAAAGGUUUUAUGAAAAAUCGGAACGAAUGUCUGAUAGUAUGUGGCAUGAAGCUAGACGCCAAGAGCGUAGAAUCAGGGGAAUGCUAGUGGAUUAUCGCAGAAGGGCUGAAAGAAGGCGAGAUUUUUAUGAAAGAAUAAAAGCAGAUCCCACUCAAUUUCUGCAAGUACACGGGAGACAAUGCAAGAUACACUUGGAUCCCUCCGUAGCAGCAGCUGCAGACAGUUCAACUGCUAUGAUGCCAUGGCAGGGUGAUCCAGAUAACUUGAUUGAUCGUUUCGAUGUGAGGGCCCACUUGGAUUUCAUACCUGUAGUUAAGAAAGAUGAAGAAGAGGAGCUCUCCCAAGAGGAGAGACAGUUAAAUUACGAAAGAUAUAGAAUAAUUGCUCAAAACUCUUUCCUAGGCUUAUCUGAAGAAAAAUUUUUGAAGCAGUUACAUAUUGAAGAGCAAUUUGGUUAUACUGAUAAUAAGGAGAAAAGAAAAGAGAGGGCCGCUGGUGUAGCUAUUGGUUUCAACUAUGAGGAUGGCACUGGUACAAGUCAACCACAACCCGUAACUGAAACAAAUGAAGCAGAAUCUGAACAUUCUGACAGUGAUUUAGAUGUGGAUCUUUCUAUUAAUGUUUCUAAAAUGGAUCCUUCUGAAGCGCACGAGAUGAAUCGUCAUGGAAGAAAUUAUGGGAUGAGUUCUAAUGAUUUUUAUUCCUUUCUCAUCAAAGAUUUGGAUGAGGCAGAGAGUUAUAGGUUAGCCAAAGAGGAAGAGCAUGAAAAAGCUUUAUAUGCAGGGAGAAAAUCACGAAGGGAGAGAAGAGCCCACAGAGAGAAGCGUUUAGCAAAUCGUGUUAUAAGUCCACCCAGUUACGCUGCUAGAAAGUCACCUGAUUAUGCAGCUUUCAGACAGAGUAAAUCGCCAUCGAAAUCGCCUACUCCAGAUAAUGCAGGGAAAAUAACCUAUAUAACAUCCUUUGGAGAUGAUGAGGAACCUGCUUCUAAGCCGACUUACGCCGACAAAGUCAAGAUGGGAAAAUCUAGAAAAGGUGACAAUAGUAGCUGUGAGAGGUCUAUUUAUAUGGCCAAAUCUAGUGAUUCUUUCAAGAGAAAGAGAUCUCCUAGCAGAAGUUCUAGAAGUACUUCUAGACAAAGACGUUCAAAAUCAAGAGAUAGGUACAGAAAACGUUCUAGGUCUCGGUCCAAAUCGAAAAGCAGGUCGUCCUCCACGAGCAGACGGUCCUCGUCCAGAAAGAGGGUGUACAGGGGGAUGAAAUCCAGGAGUUCCUCGAGUUCCAGUUCGGAAAGUCCGAAAAAACGUAGCAGGUCCUCCAGCAGUUCCACCUCGAGUUCCAGCGACAGAGAACCGAAGAAACCCCGGUCCAAAUCCAAGAGUCCUUCGGUAAAGAAGGAGUCUCCCCCCAAACAAAUUCCUAGAUAUUACGGCAGGAGAAAGAGCGAUCUGAGCUCCUCCGAAUUGAGCGAUUCUGACGUAAACGAAAAAGACGAGAAGGAAAUGAUAAACUCCAAUAAUAAGCCGGGAUAUGGUAAUACAGGCUCUUCAUUCAAAAAAUCCACAGGUACCUCGAUGUCUUCCUUGGCUCUUUCAUUCCAGGAACGUCUUAGACGAAAACGACAAGCACUUCUCAAUAAGCAGUUUAAGGCUGAUAAGAUAGCUGAAAUGACGAAAGCUGAAAGGGAAAAACAGGAACAGCAAACGAGGGAGGAUGAACUGAGAGAAAUGGGUAUAAAGCUGAGAAAAAGGCAAAGAGAAAAGAGACACGCUUACGACAGCGACAGCUCUUUGUCCACCCAUUCGAGUACGGUUCGCAGCAGGAGCCCCAAAAAAGACGCAGAAGAAACUAAGAGUCGGAGUCCGAGUCCUCAGUUGAGAAACGAAGAACAGGAACAUAAGAAACGUUCUACCAGAACAGAGGAUUCGAAAGACAGCGCGUAUUCCAGGCGGAAAUCGCCAGUUAAAUACGAGGAAAAGAGAACUGUUUACCUGGAAGAAAGAGAUAGAUAUGAUAGAGAUAGACGAACGGAUAGAGAUAGAAGAGACGAUAGGGAUAGACGAUAUAAUAGAGAUAGAAGGGACGAUAGGGGUAGAUGGGACGACAAAGAUAGAGAUAGAAGGAAUGAUAGAAGUGAUAGAGACAAAAGGGACGUCAGAAAUCGUAGAGACGAUAGAGAUAGAAGAGACUGGAGAAAUAGAGAUUCUUCUAGAAGAGAUAGAUAUGAAAACAAUAGUGAUAAUGAUACAAAUUCCAAGCCGUUACGGUCUUUAGUUGACUAUUAGUGAUAAAUUAUCUUGAUAUUCAUGUUGAAGUUCAGUAUAUAAUCAAUUUUUGAGUAAUAUUUGAAAAUUCUCGGCUUAGUAAAUUGAAAUGAAGGAAAUAGGAAAUUGAGGUUUUCGAAAUUUUGAAAUUAAUUUGUAUAGGAAGGUUGUCUUUCAAUAUCAAUCAUAUGAUAGCAGUUAGGGAAAAUUAUGUGUAUGAUUUAUAGGAAAUGUGGAUUUAAAUUAUUGCAUUUGAACUUGAUGGCUGUUUUAGGAUUUUUAUUUCGGUAUUUUUAUGAGGGACUGUUUACCACAUGUGGCAGAUAAGUUUACCAAUCUACAAGUGUAAUUAUGUUGAGCAGGUAUUGAUUUUCUGAAAAUAAAUUUGUUUUUCUGA